AGGCUCUAAAUCAGACCUUCAGCUUGUCUUCUAUCACUUCUUCCAAUCAAAUUUUGCAUUAUCCCUCCAAUCCAUCAUCAUCAUUCUAUCCACUUUUAUCCAACUGGGCCUUCCUUCCAAUACAUAUAAUUGAGCAGAUGGGUAAUUGGGUUGGCCCAAUAGAAUAACCCGACCCGUACAUUCUAUACUAUAGGCGGAGGAGGAUUCGGCCCAUUUAUUGAAAGGGCAAUUGACAAGGCUCUGGUCUGUCGCUGCGUAAGUUCAUAUGAAUCAGUGAAUCCGAGUGUCCACGUAGCGUCGAGCAAAUCGGCGGCGAGCAAGUGGACGUCGUUCUUAUCCGGCUUCGGAUUGUUGGGGUGGUGCUUAAUGUUGUGGCGUUACAUGUGGUGACGUGAAUUUGAAUGAUACGAUUAUGUUGGCGGAAAUUUAUGGUCGUUGAUGGGCUUCAAACUGUUCGACGAAAUGACUGUGAGAAAAUCUUAAAGCAAAGUAUUUGAGAAGGGUAGGAGGAGGAGGGGGCAAUAGGUGCAUGAUGAAGUGGCCAAAGAAUAUCACGCCUGCUCUCGUCGAGGGGUUGAUUUCGUCCGAAAAGGAUUUGGAUAAAGCACUGUCCAUAUUCGACGCUGCCACAGCUGAGUAUUCUAAUGGCUUCCGGCACGAUCAUAGUACAUUUGGGUUGAUGAUUCGGAGACUGCUCUCUGCUAACAGGUUUUUACCCGCAGAUGAUAUGCUCGUAAGGAUGAAGCGAGAGAAGUGCGAUGUUACUGAAGGUAUAUUCUUGUCCAUUCUCAGGGCUUAUGCUAGAGUUCACAAGCCCCAUGAAGUGCUGAGGGUGUUUGGGAUGAUGAAGGAUUAUGGAGUUGAGCCCACGGCGAAGUCUUAUGUAACAGUGUUUUCCAUUCUUGUCAACGAAAGCCAGUUGAAAAUGGCGUUCAGGUUUUAUCGGUUUAUGAGGCAGACAGGGGUUCCAGUUAGUGUUGCUUCGCUUAAUGUUCUGAUCAAAGCACUAUGCAAGAGCAGCGGAACUAUGGAUUCUGCUUUCCGGAUCUUCCGGGAGAUGCCGAACCGGGGGCACACUCCAGAUUCAUACACUUAUGGCACUUUGAUUAAUGGGUUAUGUAGAGCUGGGAGAACUCUUGAAGCCAAAGAGCUUUUGAUUGAAAUGGAGGCAAAGAACUGCUCACCCACGGUUGUUACAUAUAGUUGCUUGAUACACGGAUUUUGUCAGUUAAAUAGGUUGGAUGAUGCCUUGCAAUUGCUCAAGGAGAUGAAGAGCAAGAGCAUUGAGCCCAAUGUCUAUACCUAUAGUUCCCUUAUUGAUGGUCUUUGCAAGAAUGGGCAUUCUUUGCAAGCAAUGAAACUGUUCGAUAGGAUGGUUCAGAAGAACCUACUUCCAAAUUUUAUAACUUAUAGCUCCCUGAUUUAUGGAUUGUGCAAGGAAGGUAAAAUUCAUGAAGCAGUCCAAAUUCUUGACAGAAUGAAGCUUCAGGACUUGAAACCUGAUGCAGGGCUUUACUCAAAGAUAAUUAUUGGUUUUUGUGAAAUAAACAAAUUCCAGAAAGCAGCAAACUUCCUUGAUGAAAUGGUUCUUUCAGGUAUUACCCCUAACCGUGUAACAUGGGGCCUUCAUGUCUGCAUUCACAACAGAGUAAUUCAAGGUCUUUGUUCUGAGGGUCAUCCUAACCAGGCUUUCCAGCUAUAUCUUAGCUUGCGAAGUAGAGGCAUAUCAGUCGAGGCAAAAACCUUUGAAUCUCUUAUACACUGCUUCUGCAAGAAAGAUCUGUACAAAGCUGUUCGGAUAGUUGAGGAGAUGGUAACUGAUAGAUGCAUUCCUGAUGUGACAACAUGGAAUUCCUUGUUGGAUGGAUUUUGGGAUAGGAAGAAAGUGCGGGAAGCUGCUGAAUUGUUACACUCUAAACUGAUGGAUGAAUUCCAGAGUACUUCAUCAAGUUGAAUAUAAAAGUUGAUUUAAUUGCCAGUGAGUGGAAAGCCAAUACCAUGUCGUUUAGUAGGAAAAACAACAAACAACAUACUGCAGGCAACUCCGAUCCCGACGGGCAGUGCAGUGAGGACCUCCUUUGUUCCAG